AAAAGUGGCAACACUGCAUGGACGCAACUAUGACAAGAAGCUGAUGGCUGUCAGGAUUGUCAAACACAGCUUUGGGAUCAUCUACCUUCUCACGGGAGAGAAUCCCCCCUCAGAUCCUGCCCGUGAGGCUGCAUUCGGGAAAAUCAAGACAAUUGCUGAGUGUCUCGUUGAUGAGCUCAUUAAUGCUGCAAAGAGUUCGUCUAACUCCCAUGCCAUUAGGAAGAAGGAUGAGCUUGAGAGAGUUGCCAAGUCAAACAGAUAA